AUGGAUAAACGUCCCCAGAAGAAACACAGUACCUGUAGUUCUUGCUGCUAUGAAGAGGUGAACAGCAUUGAGUGGAAGUUCAUUAACAUGACUGAACAAGAAAAAGAUCUCAUAUACAGAAUGCACAAGCUUGUCGGAGACAGGUGGGGAUUGAGAGCUGGGCGAAUUCCUGAAGAAAUAGAGAGAUUUUGGUUAAUGAGGCACAAUGAAGGGUUUACAGACAGACAAAAAGUAUACAGCAAAAAUAAAUUUUGA